CAUGGGAAUUGGAGUUUGUACACUCGGUCUAUACUAAAUCGAGACAAUGUUUUUCGAAAUAGAUAUUACAUAAUGUGAUAUGUACAGUAUGUAAAACACUCUCUGUCAAUAUUUCUAGCUAUGCUCUUUAGAUCUCAAAUGAAUUGUUCACGCUUGUUUGGCACGUACACACACACACACACAUUGUGCGUUUGUGUUUCUUCAGUGCCAGUCACCCUCCGCCCCACUGACGGAGACAAAAGACACACCAGUGUGUGCGUGUAUGUGAGUCUGUGUGCGCAUAGCAUACAAGUGGUCGUGUGUAAAAAGAAGCUCAGCACUGUUCCGAAUUGUGAGCCUCGCGCGACCCAGACAAGAACGUACCCAUAUUCGCCACAUCCUCGCCAACGAGUCGGAUGGAGCGGAUUUGGAAAAACAAGGCUGAGGAUUAGGAAUUUGGACCGUCGCGUGACUCCCUCCCUGCUACGUGACAGAAUCGUACGUGGCUUCACUAAUGGCCAAUUGAGAGACGGAUUGAAAUCUUGAAAAAGUGGAUACCUGCCUUUCAAGCCAGAUAAAAGGCAGCCGAGAAAAAGUCGAAACGGACAGCGAAAGCUGACACAGAAAGUCGAGAGUCAAGUUAUAGAAUCAGAAUCAGAAUCAUCUUUAUUUGCCAAGCAUGUCCAAAACACACAAGGAAUUGGUCUCCGGUAGUUGGAGCCGCUCGAGUACAACAGACAGUCAAUUUACAGAACACUUUGGAGACAUAAAGACAUUGACAAAAAACAACAACAAACAACAAUUGUGCAAAAAGAUGCAGAGUCCUCAGUUCGAAUGGCUAAUAUCGCAAUAGUCCGGUGCAAUGACCAUUGUGCAAAGGGCACUGAGACUUCAAGGAGUGGAUGCGGUUUAAAGUGACGAGUACUGCGAUCAUCUGGGACAAUGGUUGUGCAAAUGUUACAGAUACUCCUCAAUCAGUGUGCAAAUGGAGCAGGUGCUACCCCGGAUAUAUAGCGGACAAACACGGAACAAAACAAUAUCCCACAAUAAGAAACAGCAAAAAUGAUUCAUAGUUGAGCAGAGGAGAAGGAGGGGUUGUGUUCAGGGGCACCGUCACAAAGGAGCGCAAAAACGUCAGCGAUGGUGUCUGCAGGGAGAAAAAUGGACCCAAUAGUGGAAAUAUUUGACCGAUCAUAGCAGAGUUUCAAAGUUUCAGCUGCCUGCGCCUCGCCAGCGAAAAGCAGUCAACGAGCAAACGUGUUUGGGGGGCGACCGGCCGAAGGAGGAAAACAAAGCCGUCGUAUUCAGAGGCACUAUCGGCAGUCCUGAGGUGCGGCGAACCUGCCGAAUAUACGAAACCCUCCCAAACCGCUUUGACACACGGAGGCCAAAAGGAGAUGACGCCAAGAUGGGACGAGCUUGUUGAGGAGGAGAAAGCGCUCAUGACAGAAAACGCAUUCAGUGUAAGGUCAUCCUUUGUUUGGAUUCGUUUCUAUCAAAAUCUCUUCACGCAAAAGAAGGAUUGGGGGACUCGGAAAUUGCACACAAGUGAAAACGCUCCCCAAGCCCGAGAAGACGAACAACACGACAGUCGAGCCGAGACGGCCAUUGGAUGUUCGCCGAUCUGAGCUUUGCAGAUUGCGGUACGUGUACGUUGGGUGAUGAUUUUUUCUGAAAGCUGCAUUCCAGACAUCGAAUCCCGGUUGGCCAGAGAACUUCCUCCAGCUUAACUGAAGUUUUAGCCAUCAGUCCUGAGGCCCAGAGAGAGACAUUUUCAACUAAAGUUACGAGCACUAUCUCUCAAACACUCACCGCAAGUGCAAAACCUGGGCCUUAUUUUAGACUCUCUUAGACCUUUAUCUCACACAUUAACAAGGAUAAAAUAGGUCUUUGUCGCUUGAAGAAUAUAGCCGAUAUCGGUAUAUCCAGUCUUCGACUAAAGCACGCUUUCAUUUCCAAUCGGAUGGAUGACUGUAAUUCCUGCUUUGUGGUCUUCCCAGAAGAGUUUCUCAAAUUGAUAAUGAAUCCAGAAUUUGGCAGGACGUGUCCUGGUGCAGAUGGCUCCCUGAGAUGGGGUUUCCUCACCUGGAUGCUCCGUCGCCAGCCUUAGGCUCUUAUGUCAUUAUGGGAUUGUACUGAAUCGCGUCGGCGGUGUCGUUCAGCGGCCAUCUUAACUUCAACGUGUGCAUGUGGUGUGAAGCGAGCCGUCCGAUAUGCCGGGACCGCGUCUGCUCCUCCAACUGCUCCUUGUCCUCCUUCUGCUCCUCCCUACACGAGAUCUGCGUGGCCGUGUGGACGGAGUCUAACGCAAGCGUGUCCGUGCGAACCAGGUGCCACAAUCCCGCACUGCCGUUGGACGGCGUGGAGGAGACGAAGCUUCUGCUCAACUCCACGUCCCACGAGUGUCACAUGACCAGAGCGGCACAGACGUCGCAGACUGCCCAACUGGGCGUGAUCUUGCACGUGUGCGGUUGCAGUGGCGAACACGAGUGCAACGACAAGCUCAUCUUCCGACGCGCUGCUAACGGUUUGCCUUCUGCGUGGGACAAAGAAGUGAUCCCGGCGGUGCUGGUCAGCCUGGUCCUGCCCGUCCUGGCGGUCGCCAUAGUCGCCACCCUUUACUGGGCUUCCAAGCGCCGCAGCCACAAAAGCGCCCGCCUCCGACCCUUGUGCCCCCCGAGCCCGCCGGCCCACCCGGACGGGACGGGAAAAAACACUCCAGAGCUUUUCCGGGCGGCGGCCCCAUCUGGCACGCCCGGGCCAGGGCAGGCGGACCAGUUGCCGGCCGUCCACCUGGAAGCGGCGGUAGGCGGCGGUCGCUUUGCGCAGGUGUGGAGGGCCCGGCUGCUGGGUGAGAGUCCGCAUCAAGCGGGCGGCGGCUCGGUGGUCGCGGUGAAGGUUUUUCUCCGCGCCGAGGUAGCCUCUUGGAGGCACGAAGGCGCCAUCUUGGGUGACGCCGGGAUGCGGCACCGCAACAUCGUCCCAUUCUUGGGCGCGCAGGUGAGGGGCGGGGCCUACUGGCUGCUGCUGGCCUAUCACAGGCUGGGAAAUCUUCAAGACUUCCUGACGGCCAACGUGCUGAGCUGGAAGCGGCUGGUAACCAUGGCGACCGGCUUGGCGCGCGGACUCGCGCACCUGCACAGUGACACCCUCUGGCCGUCAGGGUCGCCCAAGGUGUCGGUGGCUCACCGCGACGUGAAGAGCGGCAACGUGCUGGUGAAGGAGGACGGAGACGUCGCUCUGUGCGACUUUGGCCUCGCCGUCCAACUCCACGCCGAGCUCACCGUGGACGACUUUGCCAACAGCGGGCAGGUGGGCACAGCGCGCUACAUGUCUCCGGAGGCGCUAGAGUCCCGCGUGAACCUGGAGGACGGCGGCGAGUCGUUCAAGCAGAUGGAUGUCUACUCCAUGGCGCUCGUCCUCUGGGAGAUGGCCUCGCGAUGCCACGUCGGCCGAGAGGUUCCCGGUUACACACCCGCGUUCACCGGCUUGGUGGGCGAGCGUCCAUGCGUGGACGUGAUGCGUGAUGUGGUCAUCAGGGCGCGCCAACGCCCCGACAUGCCAACAACGUGGACGCGGCAUCGGGGGAUGAGCGUCUAUUGCGCAACAGUCACAGAGUGCUGGGACCACGACCCUGAGGCACGCCUCACAGCACACUGCGUGCUUGAACGAUUACACGGGCUCAUCAGGCGGGAAGAGGGACAGGAAGUGCGGCCAUGUUGACGAACGUCCUCGUCGGCCCGCCCCCUCCCCUUGGCGUGCUCAGCUGGAUGCGGCGGAGGUUUCCCAUCGUGCUUUGGUUCCCGGGGAAGGAGGGGGCUGGUGUCAUCAUCAGGAGCGUCAAUAACAGCCGGCUGUUGAUCGGUUGUCACGGCAAUGCUGGAGAAGGAAGCGAUCUCUCCUGGGACGUCCCGAUACUUUUGGCGACCGAUUGUGUUGUCAUGAGACUCCAUAUCGAUCAGUUAAUUCAAUUGUUUCAAUGUAUCUUGAAGGGGAAGGAUUCACAGUCUUGCACUAACAAUCCAUCAAAAAAGACACUUCACUAUCUUAGUCACGACAAAGUAACAAAGUAAUUUGCCACCCUUAAAGACAGACGGCAUUUGUUGACACUUCCGCCCACCGAGUGGCUGCCGAUUUGAUUUGAUUUGGAUAUUUUUGUUAACUCCUCAAAGGAAAGUUGUUCUCUAAAUUGCCCGUAGGUGUGGAUGUGAGUGCGAAUGGUUGUUUGUUUUGUGUUCCCUGCGAUUGGCUGGCGACGGGUUCAGGGCGUACCCCGCCUCUCGCCCGAAGAUAGCUGGGAGAGGCGACCCGUGUGACAAUAAGCGGGGCGGAAAAUGGAUGGAUGGAUGAAAAUGAUCAUCUUGGCUGACUUUGUGACAACACACUAACCUUUUUUUUUGUGACCUGUGUUUGUGUAAUCUAUUAAAAAACAGACUGAAAUAACAUGGCAAAUCUAA